AAUUUUAAAUGAUGGUCGAAUUGAAUUACGCAAUGCUAAAUACACAGCUAUUGCGACUACCAUAUAAGUCAGCGAAGACGUUCAUAAGUUCAUAAUAUUUAUUGAAAUAACAUGUCUUAUGGCCAUAAAUAUCUAAGAUAAUUACUAACCAAUUUUCGAUACAUUGCAUUAAUGAAUUGCGAAAUCGCAUCUCAAAAAACUUAAUAACUGCUGCAGUAAUGCAAACCUAUUACUCUUUUGCAGUAUUGUCGCAAUAAUUUUACACGACGCUUCAAGUGAAAUUCUAAAAUAAACAUUUUAAGUUUAUGUGCGUUUUCUCUUGGUUAUUACAGCCUUACAACUACGCUCAGGAUUCCACUAACAUAUUCACACGAAUAGUUUUUUGUUUGUUAGUUUGUGCUUGUAUUACCACUUUUUUCCACUAGUGAAACCCUUACCAAAAGCAAUGGUGCUGAUUUCGAUAAUCUGUUUAUUUUGGCAGUUACAUUUGAAUACUUCAUUUUUACGUUUUAUAAUUUUCUGCUUUUAAGUAUUUAAAAAUAUUAGCAAUUAUAUUGCAUUCAAAAAUUAUUGGAAAGAACAUAUUGUUAAAGAGCCGUUGAACCAUAAAAAUACCAAUGUGAUUUUUCGGAUUGUCCUCUAAAUGGACGAAAGUUUUAUGUAAGACUUGCUUUGUCGCUUAGAUUUUAAAUAAGGAGGAUUGGAAUACGAAAAUGAAAGCGGCUCGGUGGUAUGUACUCACAACACUUAUUGCAACGAUUUUACAUUUCAUAUGCAUAUAUAUGUACAAAAUAAUAAAAACAUGCAUAAGAUUGUGGAUUUUACAAAAUAGAAAAGACAAUUAGCAUUUAAAGCACAAACACGGAAGGAUAUGGUCAAUAACAAAAAUAUAGGAAACCUGCAAUAUAAAUCGACCAUGCGCCACGAAGGCGUAGGAUUUGGCAUUUAAAACAACUAGUAUAUGUAACAAUGGAAAGAAAAAUUACGAAGAUGCUACAACAAAAAUGACAGAUGAGCAGAUUUUUAACAUAAAUAAUAAUACAAAUGUUACAAUAAAUAUUCAGAGCGACGUAAGUAGACAUAUACGAAAUAAUGUUUAUAGCAACGAUGAGGGUCUACCAAUGCGGCUUGGUGCAGCUGUGAAUGAUAAUUUUAUUUUAGGACCAGGAAAAAAUACCGAGGUUAACAACGAAGCUAUUGAUAUUACUAAGUUAUCAACACUGUCACAAGGACUAAAUGUGCCAAAAGUUGUUUCUGAAAGCUGUUCAUCUGUUCUUAUUGACCAAAUAAAUAAAAAAAAGGAAGAAAGUACCGCAUGAAAUGGUACGGUUGCAGCUACAAAGAAUACAACAGAUUCCACAACGGUUCUUCAGGCAGAGCCUCCAGAGUUUCAUAAACCGGUCACAACACUCUCAAGCAUACCAAACUUUGAAUCCUCUUCACAGGAAUUUAUAUUGCAGCAACUUACUGAUAAAGUCAUGGCCGCUGCUGCUGCAUUGGGCUCCAGCUGUACAACAUCUUUAUCAGCUCAUCUAAUUAGCAGUGCUAAGGCUCCGGAUAUUGACGUUAUUGAUUGUACAAUGAAUGCCAUGUCUUCAGUGCCUCUCAAUAACCACAGUAAUGUUUACAGCGAUAAAGACAAAGUCAAUAAUAAAAGUGAAAAGCUGCUAUUGCACAGAAAUGGUGGUGGCAAAAACAAUGACAUUGAAGCUAAUUUUUCCGCAGGCAGUGGAACUUUCGGUGGUAGAUUACAAUUUUUUAAAAAUGGAAAAGUCAUAUUGGAAUUGGCGCGUUCUAAAGAUGGCGAAAAGAGCCGUUGGAUAUCUGUACCACGAAAAAUAUUCCGUGCCCCAUCGGCAACUUCAUCUACGGUCACGCCAACUUUGGCCACAUCAAUAGCUUACUCUAAGAAUGAAAGUUUAACAUCUUUAAGCUUUUCAGAUGACAACAGUUCAAUACAGUCAUCUCCAUGGCAAAGAGAUCAUUGCUGGAAGCAACUGUCUCCCCGGAGCGGCAUAUCAAAAGCCAUGUCACUAUAUUAUCGGCGGCCACGGGCUGCUUCUUUAAGUAAAAUCGCAGUUUUUUUAGCUCGUAAGAAGCGUAGAAAGCCAUGCGAUAAGAAUUUGUGUCCGAUACCUAUUUUCGAGCAAUUAAGCUCAAUAGUUUUAAAAACUCCAGGAAAUUUUUGUUCAUUAAAUACAAACGAUAUACAAAACACAAAUUUAAAUUCUAUAGUUUUAAAAACUUCAGAAAAAUUACCAUUGUCGAAUAAAAACGAUAUCAAAGAAAUAAAUAGGGACAAUGAAACAGAAAAUGACAUGAAAAACAAUUGCAGUGUUGAUAUCGGUGCUGCUUUGAUAAAUGAAGUGGACGGAUGCUCCAGCUCAUCCACGGCUACACUUACCGGUAACGAUUUCUCAGACAAUCGAAUGGAAGAAGGACCGACAUCUUUAGCACCUUCAUUUCUCCUUUCUUCGUGUCAUAAAGAAAAUAAAGCGACGGUGAAUAAAGAAUCUAAAGAUGUAGAUAUUGAUGUCACAGUUGAGGACAUUAAGUCGAAUAUUUUAGAAAAAGUUAAAACAACUGAAAAUGAGAAUAUAGUAUCCACGACAACUAGAGACGAGGGAUCAGAGCCUGAGCUAAAUGGUAGUUCAAAUGAUGUUCCUGUCCUUAAUUCCAAAGUGGAUAAAGUUGAUCCCAAUGAUCAAGGUUUUUGUGUAAAACUUAAUGAAGACCAAAGACUUAAAGCCCCUAAACAACGAGUUAAGCUAAAUAUAAUCGUACAAAAAUUAAUAGACAGAGUUCCCGAACGUCUUGCACAACUCUCCAGGCUGAGUCAAUCUGUUGGAUCUUCAAAUAGUAUCCAAGGUCAUAGUAAUUUAAUUUCUCAAAAGGUUCCGCAACAAUGCACGUCGUCAUCAACACGCCUAGUCGAGUACCCCCAACAGCAUGUAUCACCGCGCAAACGUAUUCUUCGCGAAUUCGAGAAAGUCUCUUUAGAAGAUAAUUGUAAUGUGGCAGGUGGUAAGCGAAGUCGAGCAAAAAGUAAUGCGUCAUCUUCGUCAGCAUCGUCUUAUCGAAGUAUGGAGUCGCCUAAUAAUAACCGAAGUGUUGUUAAUACAACUAGUAAAAUUUCCUCUAGUGGGAAUCACACAAUUUCUGAAAACAACGUCCAUCGGCCAUCGCCGUCUACGUAUGCAAAAUCGAGUACUACAUCAACUUUAAUGACAACGGCACCUACUCGCCUUUAUAGCUCAUAUAGUAUAAACUCGCUUUUGGGAGGCAGUGGUUGUAGUAGCUCAAAAGCUCCGACAUUAGCAACCACAAAUGUAGGCACAAGUAAAAGAUCUAAAGAUAUCACGGCUAACCCUAUGGGAUAUCAUCCAAAGCAACAUCAAAGUUCUUCACAACAGCAUUAUAGUGAUCCAUCAUAUUUGCGUGCAAUGCUAGCUACACCCAAAUCUCCAGAACAAUGCUCAGGAGUUAAAUCCCCUUCAAUUCCGGUUCCGAAAAUUCGCUCUCCUCCUUAUGUGUCUCCCUUACGAGACUCCCAAGCUUUAAGUGAGGUUGGAACAUUUAACAAUAAAACACGCUACGGCUCCGACCACCCUUUAAAUCUAGAUUCUUCAUCACCAAUGCAUUCACAAAAUCAGAGCUACUUUUUGCCGUACACGUCUUUAUCGAAAUAUGUUUCUACGAUAAGUAACUCUUCAAACACUACUACCAACGCAUUAAAUAAUUCUGGUUGCACUGCAGAUCAACAUUCUUCUCGCUUCCCUUCAGCAUUUAAUAGAACUUCUUCGCCAGCAUCUGUUACAAAUUCAUCCAAUCAACCAGCUUCCACUUCUAUAGGCAACAGCAGAGAAAACUCGCCGUCUAAUUCUCGUAAUAUGACUGAUUCACCACGUGAUACUGUUCCAAGAACUGUACCAAAAAAGACUGCUUCAAUUCGUAGGCAAUUUGCUUCCCCUACUACCGCUGUUGUAAAUAGUAGCAGUGCGUCAUCAGUUGAUCGCCCCUUUGAGGAUACGUACUCUUCUCAGGACCGCAUAACCCCUGUUUCGGGGCCGAAUAUUUGCGGAGGUGGUCCUCAUCAAUUGCACCGCGGAUCUUCACGUGGUAAUAUAGUUCCUUCACCACUUCAACAUUAUUAUAUGUACCCUUCGACUACACCGAAUGAAGCUUCAAGUCCAGUGCAACAAAGCUCAUCACUUUCACCAGGCAUAGUUUUGCCGGUUGUGUCUGGGGGAACACACAGUUCUGUAUCUACAGCAGCACAAUACAUUCCAUCAAUAAUGCCAUCCGCCUACAUGAACCCAUAUUUUGCAUUGGCGGCAUUGCGGCAACCACAAUUAUGGUCACAUUAUGGCAGCGCGUCGUUACCGGUACACAUGCCAUCAAUAACAAACUCACCAUCACUACGACUUUCCCCCUCAUCGUUUCACAGUUUUGCAUACAAUGGUGUUAAUGCGGCGAUGGCAGCGGUAAUGCAGCAUCAACAACAACAAAUAUUGGCCUCAUCUGCACUAAUGCAUGGGCAUAGUCUUAGUCGCACACCGGUUAUGGUGGCUCCUCAUAACACAAUCAACGGAAGUAGUGGGUCACAAGAUUCAGAGGCAAUAUUGACUGAGCAAACGACUGAUUUAGCAGCUGAUGAAAUUCCAAAUAAUGCAACAGGCUUACGAUUAGAGACAGGAAGAUGUUCUAGUAUCAAAGAAGAGCAUAAUUCAGAUGUGCCGUUGAACCUGUCUAAGCAUUGAAUGCAGCUUCAUUUUAUAGCUUUUUAAGUUCCAUACGUCUAAGUUUAUAUAUAAGUAAAGUUACAUAAAGUUUUGUUUAAGAAAAAGGUACAUGUGUGUACAAAUGAUAGUUAAGACCACUUUUAUAACAUCCUGUUUAAGAAAAAUAAGGUUUUGGUAAGUCUGUUUUGGCUUGUACUACUUUGUGCAAUAGCUUUUAAAUGAACUAAUUUAAGAUAUUUGUGGCUGGAAAUUGAUUAUUGAAUCCCACAAAGUGAGAGAGAAAUAUUUAUGCUACACAUUUUAUAUUAUAUAAAUUAUUAGAUAGUAUUGCACAACGAAAGAAAUUAAAUUGCUACUAUGAACAAGGGGCAGGCUGGCGGCAGAACAUAAUAUUUGGUUAUAUUUAGCGGAAAUAGAAAUUCGAUCAAUUUGAUCAUACAAAUACAUUACGAAUCGACAUGUACAUAUAUUAAAUUCAAAGAAGGUUUUAAUAAAGGCUUAGCGCAUGUACCGGAGUAGCUCACAUCACUACUUCGCUUACUCUUCAUGCUCGAAAAAGUAUAUUUGUCAUAUACAUAAAA